AUGCGUUCUGUAUUGGAUCCCAAGAGGCACUACAAGAAAGAAGGCGGCAAUGCACAGCCUCCAAAAUAUUCUCAGCUGGGAACAAUUAUUGAGGGUCCAACGGAAUUCUUCAGCGGUCGCAUCGCCAAGAAAGACCGCAAGAAGACUUUCGUUGAAGAUGCCUUGGCCUUGGAACGGGAAACCAAACGCUUUGCUUCCAAAUACAGGGAGAUCCAAACAUCGAAACAAAGCGGCAAAAAAUCAUUCUACAAUAACCUGCGUGCAAAAAGGAAUCGUCGAAGCAAAUGA